UCACAUUUAAGUUUCAAUUAAAAAAAGAAAAUUGGUUCAUUAAUGGCAAUGCUACAAAUGAAAGUUUUUUUUUUACUUUUGACUUGUUUCUUUUCCAAUGUGUGUGCACUCAUGUUGAAAUUACCAGGGCGUGGAGAAGAAUGCCUCAUGCUAAAUUCUUCUAGGGAAAAUAUGACAUUAUCUUUUUCCGCUUAUCCAGAGACAACAAAACAAUUUGUAGCAAUUAUUCAAAAUAGUUUGAGCCCUGAAACCAUAUAUUAUCAUACGGAUAAAACCACUGGAAGUUACAAAUUUAAAACAACGGAUCAAACCAAUACCACUCGUUACAAAAUUUGUUUUGGAAAUUUGGGGACGGGUCCGUUAAGUGUGGAAUUUAUAAAUCGAUAUACAGGGACGCAUUUAAGCACUUUGGCUACGGAAGAAAGUACCCGUAAUUUGAUUGAAGCAGUUAGCAACAUUUAUAUGAACAUUUUAGAUACUUCCGAUGAAUUGCAUUAUAUGCUCGUAAGCGAAAAUGAUCAUCGAAAAACUGCUGAAUUAAUCAAUGAAAGAGUUUUAUGGUGUACUGCAUUUAAAGUCGUGGUUAUUCUUUUACUUGUUUUAAUUCAAAAUUGUUAUUUAAGAAGAUGCUUUGAAAUCAAGUUAACUGUUUAACGUUCAUUUUUAAGACAUAUAGCGAUUUGAUAAAGUGAGUAGAAAACAAAACGCGUUUUAACUUUUUUGUAAUUGAUUAUCUAGCCUUUUGAACCGCAUGCAAAAUUAGUUCUACAUUUCUGUUGAACCU